UAGAUUUCCGAAAACACCCGAAAUACGAAAAAAAUGGAUCGACGCUUGCGGAUUCCAUGAAAAAGAUGUGUUCAAAAUUUAUAUUUGCUCACAUCACUUUGAUUUACCUAAUAACACUGAAAAGAGAUUACCUCCUGGGGCUAUACUCACUGUACAAAUAACUGUACCAAAUCAAUCAGUUGAAUUAUCAAAUGCAUCAACAAUGAGAAGUACUACAGUGAAUACGUCGAAAUCAUUUGAAGUAAACAUCUUCAAUGCUGAUUGUGCUAACGCUGUUCAUUCAAUAUCGGAAGCUUUAACUUAUCAUUCAUUGCCAAUAAUAGAAAAUACUAGUGCGUCAAAUUCAUCUGAAGAAAAUAUUACAUCUCCAAUUGUAUCUAAUGAAAUAGAUUUUGAUGAUGAAGUUCAGCCAAUAUCCGAAGUUUCCACUUAUUAUCCAUCUUGUGAAGAGAACAUUUCUCCUCCUCGAAAGAAAUGUACGUUUGCAGAGCCAAGAUAUAUCUCAGAAAUUAAUACUAGUGACGUUAGCACACCGAGAAGAGCGAGAAAAGUAAUCAGUUUUAUUAAACAAAAGGAUAAAAAGAAAAGUGAACAAAUUAAAUCUUUACAAGAUGAAAACAGAAGACUUCAAAAGAGAAUUGUUACAUUGCAAGAACUAGUAUCUCAUUUGAAAGAAUCAAAAUUAAUUUCUGAAGAUGUUGCAGAUAAUUUAAUAGUAUGUUAUGGACUAAUAACGUAUGGAAUAUUUUUUCUUAGGCUGGGUUGUUAAUUAUUAUGAAUAAUUAAUUUUUAGGAUAUUUUUUAUAAUUAUUAAUAAAUGAAUCGUAGAGUCAACUUAAAGGUGAUAAAAUAAGUAUUAUAAAUUUGUUUCAAUUAUUUUCUUUCUAUUAUAUUUAGAAUACAUUACCGGAAAGUGUGAAGGCGAUAAUAUCAAGAAAAAUAGGAAAAGGUGGUACUUAUUCUCCUGCAAUUCGCAGCUUUGCAUUAACAUUGCACUUUUAUUCACCUAAAGCAUUUAAUUAUGUACGAGAAAAGUGGGAUAACUUGUUGCCAAAUCCUUCUACGAUACGAAAUUGGUAUCGUGUAGUUGAUGGAUCUCCAGGUUUCACAACAGAAGCAUUAAAUGCCAUUGCAAAACGCAAGAAUAAUAAUAAUUCUAAACCUCUUAUUAUUAAUUUAGUUAUAGAUGAAAUGUCAAUAAAGGAAGAAAUGAUUUAUGAUAAAAAAAGACUUCACGGUGGUAUUGACUAUGGUAUUAUAGAAAAUGAUAACGAUUCUGCUUCUGCUGCUAAUAACAUGUUAGUGUUCAUGGCAGUAUCUCUAAAUGAUAGUUGGAAAGUUCCAAUUGGAUAUUUUUUAAUUAGAUCAUUAAACGGUUCAGAACGCGCGAAUUUGUUAACACUUGCAUUUGAACAAUUAAAUAAUAUUAAUUGUAAAGUUUUUUCCAUAACUUUUGAUGGUGCUUCAAGUAAUAUUAGUAUGUGUAAUGCUUUAGGUGCAAACUUGCAAUAUGAAGAAAAUUUCAAGCCAUUCUUUACAAAUCCUGUUACAUUAGAAAUAUGUUACGUGUUUUAUGAUCUAUGUCACAUGUUAAAAUUAGUGAGAAGUACUUUAGGUGACAAACAAAUUUUGAAAACAUCAAGUGGUGAAAGAAUUGAAUGGGCUCAUAUAGUUAAUCUUCACAAAUUACAACAAAAAGAAGGCUUGAAAGCUGCAAAUAAACUUACUAGUAAACAUAUUUAUUAUAACAAUAACAGAAUGAAUGUUAAGUUAGCAAUACAAACUUUAAGUGAAAGUGUAUACAAUUCACUUAUGUUUUUAUUAAACUUACCAGACCCUACAAUAAACAGUCAAUUUGCUAAUUGCAAACCAACUGCUGAGUUUUGCUUAAAUUUCAAUAACAUGGGUGAUAUAUUAAAUUGCAAAAAAUAAAUUUUCUCGUCAUAAGUUUAAUACACCAUUAACUUCUGAAAAUUAUGCACAACUACAAACACAUGCUAAAUACUUUGAAGAAUGUAUUAAUACAUUACAAGACGCAAAUGGCAUUCCCAUAUUACGAUCUGGUAGAAAAACUGGUUUCCUUGAACUAAUUGUAUGUUUAAGAAAUAUAUUUCCUUUAUUUGAUUGUUUAAAGACCUUCGGGAUGACAUAUUUGUUAACAUAUAAAUUAUCUCAAGAUUUUCUAGAAACAUUUUUUAGUGCUAUAAGGAGUCGUGGAGGAUUUAAUAACAAUCCUAAUGUUCUACAAGUAAAAAGUGCAUACAAACGUCUAUUAAUCAGGCAUGAAAUAAAACAGUUUGAUAUCGGCAAUUGUCUUUCAGAUAGUUUUGAAAUUUUGCACGUAUCAUCGAAUUCAAAAAAAAUUUAAUGUCCCAUAGUAAAUGAAGAAAUUGAAAACUAUGAUGAAGAAAUAUUGGCUUUUGAUCAUGACUAUAUGAAAACAAUGUGGCAGCUAACAUCAUAUGUAGACAAUAUAGUUCAAUAUAUAGCAGGAUAUAUUUGUAAUAAACUGUAUAACAUUAUAAAUUGUGAAAUAUGUAAAACUCAGUUAGUAGGUGAAAAAAUGCCUUUAUUAUCAGAACUUAAAAAUAGAGGGCCAUAUUUAAAACCAUCUGAUGAUGUUUGCAUUAUCUGUAAGGUAUCAGAAACCACAAUUCGGCAGUAUACGGACGAAUUAAAAAAAAAUAAUAUUAAACAGUUUUUAACAAAUAUCAUACUUCGUAGAUUAUCGUCUCCAUUUUCUAACAAUACCAUGCAAAAUCACAUAUUCACUCAAGAAAUAUUCGAUAACCAUAGAACGCAAUUGUGUAAACAUAUUGUAUCACUGUACAUUGAUGUAAGAUUGUUUCAUGAAGCCAAAAAUAUGUCUAGCAAAGACGAUUACGUUCGUCAAAAAUAUACAAAACUUAUUUUAUUUCAUCAUCAGUAAUAUUAAUACUCUAUAAUUAGGAUUGUGCAAAAUUUUGUACUUCUAAUAUAUGUAGUAUGUUGUGUUUUAUAAAUAAUAAAAACAUGUUCAAGUUAUAAA